AAUUUGAACAGGGAAAACUAUAAUUUCAAACCAAAGCAGCAUAUUAAACAAUAAAACAAAAAUACUGUUUAUUGAAAAAGAACUUUAAAAACUAAUGUUAUCUUUUCCUGGCGUUACUUUACACCGCAAUCCUGCGCUUCGAACACUACAAAAGGAUCUGUUAUUGGUGUUACGUCAGUAAAACUGAAAGGAAAUAAAUCAAAAUAAGAAUUAUCAAUGGCUGUAAACUUAAGGAAGAGAUAAAUAUAACAAUAAAGAUCCAAAUGUUGUAUCUGAAGAGGACUUGUCACUGAUAUGUUAUCUAUCAGUUUUACUCAUGUAAACUUCAAGUUAGUUAUUUACCAUGUCAUCGCAAGUAUGUACUCAUCCUGAUGGUAAAUCUUUAAAUGGAGCUGGUGUCAAUGACUUGGAGGUUGAGGAAAAGAAUGAGAAGCCACUGAAGUAUCCUAAACAAGUAUUUUUCAUUAUCAGCAAUGAAUUUUGUGAGCGAUUCUGCUUUUACGGAAACAGAACAAUUUUGGCGAUUUACCUCCAGUCCAAACUCAACUACUCUGAGGAUGACGCCACCGUCGUCUAUCACACUUUUGUUAUGCUCUGCUACUUCUUUCCAUUCCUCGGAGCUAUCAUUGCCGAUUGCUUCUGGGGGAAAUUCAGGACCAUCCUAUAUCUGUCAAUAAUCUACGCAAUUGGGAACAUUGUUCUGGCAACUGCAUCCAGCAUGGAGUUAUCGAUUGAUCCAACGACGUUUUCCUUACUCGGUCUUUUCCUCAUUGCAGUCGGCACCGGUGGGAUCAAGCCUUGCGUCUCGUCGUUCGGAGGGGAUCAGUUUGUCGUUCCUCAACAAGAACGACAGCUCGCUUCGUUCUUCAGUGUGUUCUACUUCUCUAUCAACGCUGGAAGCACAAUCUCCACAUACCUGACCCCUGAGUUGAGAGUGAUGCCGUGUUUAGGGAGUGACUCAUGCUAUCCGCUAGCUUUUGGAGUUCCAGCUGCCUUGAUGGUUACAGCACUAGUGUUUUUUGUUUGCGGAAAACCACUUUACACCAUGAAAAAUCCUGAAGGAAAUAUAAUGGUGGAUGCCUCAAAAUGUGUGGGAAGAGGUAUUUGGCAAAAAAUAUCAAGCAAAGAGAAGAAAGAACAUUGGCUGGACCAUGCUGCAGACAAGUAUAACCCUCAGCUAGUAGAAGACACUAAAAUACUCAUAGAGCUCAUCUACCUCUUCUCACCCACAAUCUUGUUCUGGGCAUUGUACGACCAGCAGGGCUCCAGGUGGACUUUCCAAGCCGUCCACAUGAACGGCAAGAUUUGGAACUAUACGAUCAAACCGGAUCAGAUGCAAGCUGUCAACCCCGUCCUGAUCAUGAUCUUCAUUCCUUUGUUUGACUUCAUAUUAUAUCCGGUUUUGGGAAAGUUGGGACUGGUGAGAACCUCAUUGAGGAGAUUGUUUUGGGGAGGAAUAAUCGCCGCAGUUGCAUUUGCUAUGUCAGCUUACGUCGAGUAUAAAGUUCAGGAUUCUUACGCAGUUCUACCUCAAGCGGGCGAGGCUCAGCUGCGUAUUUACAACAGUUACAAUUGUCCGUUGCACAUAGAUGCCACUGGCAGCGGCAAGAAAUUCUCCUGGACAGUAGGCAGCAUGGGCCUCCUAGAGGAAAAGUCCAUCCCUGUCACUGGAAAGGAAAAUCUAAUGUACUCGGCUGCGUUUGUCGGCCCCGACUGUCCCACAGUACUGCCUGUGACGGUCGGAAUACUGGAUAUAUUUGAAGCCGAGGCGGUAUCGUUUGUUGUUACUGAAUCCCAAAAUAGUCUGCAAAUAGUCAGACUGGAUGAGACAUUUGAUGAUCUUGAAAAAUCAGACAAUACAGAAUCCAAAAUCAGGGUUGUUUACAAUGUCCUCAGUGAUGAAACGUUUUCACUGUUCAACAAACAAAAAAGUUCUAAAGUAGAUGGAACCUUGUAUACAAAGACUCAUUCGACAGAAACAUAUUUAGUGGAACCUACUGGAGGCUAUUCUUUACAAGUUAAUGGUAAAGAAGUAGCAACGAAUCUACCUUUGGAUGUUGGUGGUGUUUAUACGAUACUCAUAGGACAAAAUGGUGACAAGGCAGCCUUGUUCACCCUGACUCCACCCAACAGUGUCCACAUUCUUUGGCAACUUCCGCAGAUUAUCGUCAUUUCUGCUGCGGAAAUCAUGUUCUCUAUAACGGGACUUGAAUUUUCUUACUCUAAGGCUCCUCAAAGUAUGAAGUCUGUUAUCUCCUCUUUGUGGCUUUUGACUGACUCGUUUGGAAAUCUAUUGAUUAUUGUCGUCUCAGAACUAACAAAGAGUGUACCACAGGUGUAUAUGUUAGCAGCAUUUGCGGUGAUGAUGGUCGUUGUUAUGAUGGUGUUUGUUUUUCUAGCAAGAAGAUAUAUAUGUAUUAUGAGAAAGAUAGAGAAUAAAUGAGAUAACAG